UUUUAUUUGUUCGAGUUAAUGCAAAACAGCAAAUAAUUGCACGAGGAAACGUAAUAUUAAAUACUAAGGAUUAUUAUUAAAGCAAACAAAAACAAAGAUUAUGGAUUUAUCUAUGUAUGGCGAAAAUUUGAAUUUCAGCAGUUCUGAUGAAAUAAGCUCUGAUGAAGAAAGCGGAAAUAUAAAAGAAGUCUAUGAACAAAGUUUGAGUAUCAUUGAAAAUAAUUGUUUACCUACACGUGAUAUUGUUUAUGAAAUGAUUGCAAAAAAUCAUAAUGUUCUAUGGGAAGAUUAUGUCAUUCAGUAUUCAGGCAUACCUCAUAUGGUUGUUGGUCACAAAAUUUUAGAUUGUCAUCAUGGUUUUGAUAGGAAUAUUUCAGCGAAAAAUAGUUAUAAAAAAAAUGCCAAGAUGGAUGAUCACAGCUUUCAGAAAAAUUAUGUGAUUCUGCAAGAUACAAAAAAGUUUAUGUGUCCUGCAAAGAUAGUUAUAAGAGAAAUAUUACAAUUUCCUGAUUUCAAGGUUUGAGUAACUAAAUUAUAGGUAACAUUCCUUUUUUAAUUUUGUAAUGUAUGGUGGUGUGACAUAAAGCAGCCCUGAAUCGGAUUUAAGGGUCCCCUAAGGUUAGUGGAAAGAUGUAUCUUUUUAAAAAUAUGCCUUUAUUGAAACAGGAUUAAGUUUUAGGUGUCUCACUCAACUUUCUUGACUAAGUCCCUCUAUAAACCCAGUUUAGUCCUUAUUGUU